AUGUCGGGCUUUUUUGGCGAUUCCGAGGUCGCCAUGGACGAAGACAGCACAUUCGAUCCUCCAGUACGCAUAUUCGAGCGCUUGCGACAAAUAGCUGGCUAUACCUGGGAUGAGAAUCGGAGACCGUACCAUAGCACAUAUGAUAACUGGCAUGUCUUUGGGACAAGAUUCGUUUCCCCGUAUUCGACGACAGCGACGACCCCCUCGCAGAAUAUCACCAGCCCUCCUGCUUUCGCCAGCAAGCUAUCGUCGUCCAGUUCACUUCCCCAAAGCGAAGGCAGUAGUGAACGUUCGGCCACCUCCCCACCAGUCGGCUCAAGCUCAGUAACCGAUCUCUCCAACGUCGAGGAGCGGCCUGUUGUCGCGCGCAUAUCAUAUCAUGUCCUGCGCGAGGAAAGGGCAUUCCACAUCAGCAAGAGCCUGAUUGCAACUGCCGACCCGGAAGGAGACCAUAAUGUGAGGCCGGUAGACCUCGUGAGGUUGACACCACAACCAGGCGAUCGAGGUCCUAUUAUUGUGUCGAUUUACGAGUUUCCAGGGUAUAAUUACCUUUUUCGGGUUAUGGAUUUUGGGCCUGCUUUCUAUUAUGCCAAAAGAAUCGACGACAGGUUCGAAGCAAAUCGCAAAGACGAUUAUCACCUGGAAGAACCCAUCAGUUUACAAGAUUUCCUCGAUUUUGCCAUUGGUGCCACGCAGUGCCUGGAGAUUCUUCACCACCGGCAUGGCAUGAUUCAUGGCGAGAUUCGAGGCGAUACUUUCCACUACAGCAUCGAGACUCGCAAAGUCAAGCUGACAUCCUUCGGCUCGGGGGUUAGGUCGUUCGAAAAUGGCCUCACGAGUACGGGCUGGUCCGCAUUGUCUAGGGAACUUGGCGCGAAGCACAAGCUCGUCUACAUCAGCCCGGAGCAAACGGGACGUAUGCCAGCUGAGCCAGAUACACGAACAGAUAUAUACUCACUAGGCGUGGUUUUCUGGCAACUUCUCACCCAACAACUCGCCUUUCAAGGAGCAACCCCUCUCGACGUCGUACAAUGCGUGCUGGGCCGCCGCAUCCCCUUGGUAUCCAACAUCCGAAUAGAGGUUCCGGAACUGUUGGGAAGGAUCAUCCAGAAGUGUACGGCCAAGAGCAUUCAAGAUCGAUAUCACUCAAUAAGCGGCCUGCGGUACGACUUGCAAAUGGUGCAAGAGUUCUUGAUUCAAGGAGACUGGCUGGCCCUGAAAGAAUGGCACAUCGCCUCGAGAGACGUGUCAUCCUUCUUCAUGUUGCCCACGACCAUGAUUGGGCGGCACAAAGAACGCGGGGAGCUGGUCAAGGUCAUUGAACGGGUUUCCAAGAGCCAUGCUGUUGGUAACAUGAAUCCCACAUACAGGUUUGCAGACGGAUCAAGCCUCGCGAAUGACCUUCUCGAUGCUGCCGAUGUUUCUAGUGAAGGUGCUAGUUCAGCUGAAGGUGGAGGAAACAGGAGAAGUGGUUCCUUCACUGCGACAAUUUCCUCAGAUCCUCGGCUGUCGAGGGGCAGUCUCCAACCAUCUGUGAAUAGUACCGAUACUCAGAUAGUAUCGUGGGAGACCAUGUCUUCAGGCCACUCCAACCUCUCAGGACCGAAGCUGACAAGGGCAUGGGAAAGACACCAGUCCGUUUCUGUUGAGACCAGGAGUCUGCUCGACAACAUUAGCGAUCGCCAGCCGUCGCGUCAUAGUGGCAUUGAGGGUGGAGCCGGCAGCCUCUCGAGACAUUUAGGUUCGGCCAAAUUUCGAAGGCGAGGGCAUUGCGAAGUUGUGACCAUCGAAGGUGCUGGAGGACUGGGCAAGAGCUUUCUCGUGCAGCAAGUACUGGCCGAUGCCCGCAGGAGAGGCUAUUGCGCCACUUCAAAAUUCGAUACCGCGAGGAGGACCGCUUUUGGGCCACUUCUCAAACUCGUAUCGUCGCUUUUCAAGCAGGUAUGGGGUGAGAGGAACACGGAGACACCGCUACAUCUGGCCUUGAAGGACUAUGUUCGCCCAAUCUGGCCAAUGUUGCAUAAAAUACUUGGAUUGCCUGAAUUUCUGCUUGGUCCCCAAGAGCCCGGCGUGGCCAAGUCGGCCUCUUCAGCACAGAGCCCCAAAGGGCGGAAUGUCCGAAUUCCCCUGAAACGACGAGGGUCUUCUCCUGGGGCGUCUCCCAGCACCGCAUACCCACGCAGUCCGCAUAUAUCAUCUCAGAGCUCGCAGGAAUUCCUACGUGGAAGCUCUACCAAAACGAUUCGACUCAUGAACACGUUUCUGGAUCUGCUGCGGAUAUUCACUACGUACCAUUUCAUUUGCUUCUGCUUGGAUGACCUUCAUUUCGCCGACGAUGAGUCUUUAGAACUGAUCACUCAGAUGAUCGCAAGCAGGCUUAAAAUGGUCGUCAUUAUCACUUUCAGGCCUGAGGAGAUGCCCCAAGAGAAGAUUCAGCGAAUAUUGCAGCCCACGGGAAACGAGGAACAUCCCAAGGCAAGUGGCCCUCGGGUCACACGCAUCGCUCUGUCACCUUUGAAUGAGGUGGAGAUUCUACAGUUUGUGUCGUCAACACUCUGCAGACCCCCAGAGGAAAUCGCACCUCUCGCUUUGGUCAUCCAAUCGAAGACAGCCGGCAACCCUUUUUACAUGCGUGAAAUGUUGGCCGCUUGUUACCGGUCGAAGUGCAUUUGCUACGACUAUAGGGAUAGUCGAUGGGUCUUUGAUCUGGAUAAGCUUUUCGAGCAGUUCAAGGGAGAACACGACUACGAUGUGCUAGACAAUGACUUCAUCACUCGCAGGCUCAGCGAGCUGCCCGCAUCAUCGCGAUCAAUACUCGCCUGGGCGUCUCUUUUGGGGAACACUUUCUCGUUCGAUUUGAUCUGCAAACUUCUCCGGGGCGAAUUCGAGUUUGUUGACAGUGCCUGUCCAGAUCCGCAAGAGGCUCAUUUUCGCACUCGGUACUCCACACAGGAAGCAGUGGAAGGAUUACAAGCAGCCAUAAACACGUGCAUAAUCAUGCAAGGCGAGACCGACGAUAGGUUUCGAUUUGCCCAUGACAGAUAUAUCCAGGCCGCGUCCAGCCUUAAGGAAUGCAAUAAGUCCAGGAUGCAUUUCAUCAUUGCCCAGACCCUUCUGAAGCAUCACUGUUUCGAAACCAGAUCGCGGGACAACACCGCCUCUCACAUUUGUGCCUCGGUCGAUAUUGUCAAACGCCAGGUUCAACACCGUCAACAGUUCCGGAAGCAUCUGAUGGACUGUGCCGCCAUUGCUGUGGAGAAUGGUGCACGACCAACUGCUGCCAAAUACUACAGCAAUGCCAUCAUUCUCCUGCAGCCAGACCCGUGGAAGGAAGGAGAAGAAGAUGUAUACUAUGACGAAACGCUGCAGCUUUAUCUGCGAGCAGCAGAGUGCUAUGUCUUCAUGGGUCAACACAAUGCCGCCCUCGGUCUCCUCAACAUCGUCUACACCAACGCCAAAUCAGCCGAGGACAAGGCCCCAGCUUGGCUAUUACAGUCGCGCAUACUAGCACAAAGUGGAGACUCUCAAUCGGCGCUGUCGAGCCUGAAGCAAAGCUUGACGCAUUUGAAGGUUAAUUUCGACGAUAACCCUACAUUUGAGAAAUGCGACGCGGAAUUUAUGAGGCUGUCUACUAUGAUAAAGUCUAUGGAUCGAAUGGGCGCCAUGAACCUCGCAGAAAAUACCGGCUCUCACCUUGUAAUUGUAGGAGCUAUAUUGGCAGACGCGUGUAGCGCCGCAUGGUGGAGCGAUUGCCUCGACUUCUACAGCCUUUCCCUGGCCAUGAUCCGCAUUCACCUUGACCAGGGUUCUUUUCCACAGUCUGGCAUGGCUUUUCUUCACAUAUCCAUGAUCGCACUGGCACGCUUCAACAUGAUUGAUUUCGCAGCAGAGCUCGGCAGUCAAUGUGUCGAGCUGUUGGAUAGACUUAGGGACCCGUUUUCUUCAGCCCGUGGGUACAUGAUUUACGCCAACUUUGUUAGCCACGUCCAGAUUCCGAUCGGCAUUGUGGUAAAUCAAUUGCAAGACGCUGUUGAAUUUGCUGCCGGCGCUGGCGACCGCAUAUCGGUCGUUCUCAGCUUUGGGCUGGCUGCCCAGAUGAAAUUCUUCGCUAGCGAGAACUAUACGGACCUCGAGGCUACAUGCCAGUACUGCUGCGAAGAGGUUCCCGGUUGGCACCAGGACAGUCGAGGUGGAACAUUUCUCAUCUCAGUCCGACAGGUGUGCCGUGCCCUUCAGGGAAAGACACAGACUUCGGAUCCACGGGAAAUCAUGUCGGACGAGCAACAUUCAUCCUCGAGCUACAAAAUGUGGCUCAACAAAUCCACGCACAAUGGGGGGCGAUCUGUGCUUAUCUACGAAACCAUGGAGAUUAUUCCACUCUAUCUUUAUGGUCAUUACGAAAUGGCGUGCGAGAUUGGGCGGAGGUGCUUGGAAAACCUCCAUCUCAUCUGGUCUGCCCGGAACACGCGAGCCGUGAUACUGUUCCACGGUCUUGCGCUCGCUGGCCUCAUGUUUCGAAAGCUGGCUGACCCGCGGAACAAACCGGAGGACUUGCAGCAUGAGGUCCAGGAAACCAUUACGUUGCUCGAAGGGUUCAACAAGAAGAUCAAGGACUGGCAAGUGGUCUCCGAUGUCAACUAUCUCGCUUGGACCAACUGGCUGGAUGCCCAGGUGGCAGAACUACGAGACCAACACGGUGUCGCUAUCCGCCAAUACGAAAGCUCUUUAGACCACGCUUCCGAGCAUAACUUUACGUUCGAGGAGGCUUUAGGAAACUACCUGAUGGCCGGCUUUUUGAUUCGACAGUCAGCCAAGAGAUUGGCAAGAUCGGUCCUGAAGGAAUCACUCGGGCUUUGGCAACAAUUAGGAGCUACGGGCAUUGCUCGCUGUAUCGAAGACGAGCAUGCCUUAUUACUCCAUGGUCCCACGCAGAGCACGAGGACUGCCGAGGUUGGUGUGCAAACUGACUUUGCCGGCGACACGGCAUCGGUCACGUACCCUGCCGAUGGCGAAGAGAUAGAGCAGGCAGUGCAGCCCACCAUGGUGGAGACCAAAGAGACGCGCAUGGCGGCGUGGCGGGGCACCAUGCAACCCGAAUCUGGCGUUGGUCUUCCCGCGCUUGACAUGAUCGACCUACAUGCCAUCUUGGUGUCGUCCCAAGUCAUCUCGUCGGUUCUACAGGUCGACAUUUUACUGAAGACGAUGUGCGAUGUGAUCCUGCAGACUUGUGGCGGCUCUGCAACCCAAGCUGCAAUAGUGGUGCAGGAUGACGAGUCUGAGUCUGAGGAGGUGACAUGGUGCGUUGCUGCUAGUGGUGAGCCAGAUAAGGGUGCCAUGUCACAUAUCCCGGGGCGGCCAUUGGCUGGGACGUCUCUGGUGGCCGAAAAUGUCGUGCUUUAUUGCAUCAGGUUCCGCGAAGCUGUCUUCAUUCCGGAUCUCGUCACGGAUGAGAGAUUCGGCAAUGUUAGUGAUCACUGGUUGCACCGGAACCCUUUGAGCAAGGCUGUCAUUGCUAUCCCCAUAUGCCAUGGCUCGCAGCCCUUGCUUGGCGUCUUGUACCUCGAGGGUGAGCCAGGAUCAUUUACCGACAGAAAUGUGACGGUGCUUCAGCUGCUCGUGAACCAAAUCGGCAUCAGCUAUUCGAAUGCUCUCUCGAUGAAGAACAUCGAGAAAGUCUCGGCAGAGAACUCGUCCAUGGUCGGGAUGCAGAAGCAGGCACUCUCCAAGGCGAUCGAGGCCGAGACCAAGGCGAAGAACGCCGAGGCUGAGGCUAUCCGCAACGUCAAAAUAGCCGAGGAGGCUGCCAAAGCCAAGAGUAUCUUCCUCGCCAACGUGUCUCAUGAGUUGCGGACACCGCUAAAUGGUGUCAUCGGUAACUCUGAGCUGUUGCGAGACAGUAGCUUGAACAGGGAGCAAUUGGAGAUGGCUGAUUCGAUCCGAGUGUCGGCAGAUCUUUUGCUCACCGUUAUCAACGACAUCCUGGAUUUCUCCAAGAUGGAGGCAGACAAGAUGAAGCUAUACAUCAUCGCGUUCAAUCCAGAGGAGAUGGUGCGUGAGGUUGUCCGAGCUGCGUCGUACAGCAACCGGGAGAAGACGUCAAAGAAGAACGUUAAAAUCAUCCAGGAUAUUAAUUUGCCGGCUAUGCUGAUUUACGGCGAUCCGAUACGUUUGCAUCAGGUGCUCGGCAAUCUAAUUGGGAACAGUCUCAAAUUCACCGAGGACGGUUCCGUGACUAUCGGCGCCAGGGUCGACUCGGACACACCUGAGAAUGUGACACUGACAUUCUGGGUAAGGGACACGGGUAUUGGCAUCCCGCCUCAGCAGCUGGCCAAAUUGUUCAAGCCGUUCAGUCAAGCAGACUCGAGCACGGCGCGCAAGUAUGGCGGCAGUGGUCUCGGUCUCAGCAUCUGCAAGUCUCUAAUCGAGACCAUGAUGAAGGGUCAGAUUGAGCUUGACAGUGAGGAGGGUGUAGGCACAACCGCGUGGUUCACCGUCACAUUCGACAAGGCCAAACCUGAAGUGGCGGCUGGAGAUGCACAGACGAUACAUGUGCCCCCAAUCAUAGACAAGCAACAAUCGCUAGGCAAUGUGUCUAUGGCACGCGAACGCAGGGAGUCGUCUCCAAACCCCUAUUUGGACCUCACCCAGAUUCCCAAAGAGGAGAUGCGUAUCUGUGUUGCCGAAGACAAUCUCAUAAAUCAAAGGAUUGCCAUCCAGUUUGUGCGCAAGCUGGGAUAUACGAAAGUAGACGCCUACGAGAACGGCCUCAAGGCGGUGGAGGGUCUACGAGACCAGGCCAAUGAAGGGAAGCCCUAUCACAUUGUUCUUAUGGACGUGCAAAUGCCAGUGCUUGACGGCUAUGAGGCGACAAAGCUGCUCCGCAAAGACCCCAUCGACAUCGUCCGAAAAGUCCUUGUCAUUGCGAUGACGGCGUCGGCAAUUCAGGGAGAUCGCGAGAAGUGUCUUGCCGCAGGCAUGAACGAUUAUCUUGCCAAGCCAGUCAAGGCCGACCUGCUCAAAAGAAAACUCGACGCAUACACGACUGGUCAAAUCCCCCCAUCGAGUACGGUAAACAAAAGGCCCACCUUCCCAGGUACCUCACGUGCAAAGUCGCCCAUACCGCCGCGUCCACCACCCUCAACGAAUCCCGUCAUCAUGACUGACGGCGAAAUAUACGGCUCUCCGCCAGAAGUAAUUCAACACACAUCGCCGCCAACGGGAGCUAGUCGCAGGUCCAGUGACAACCGCUCCACGCCAUCGGACCUGGCAUCCAUCGCCGAGAGCACUGUAUCUUCCACAGCGACGCAGAAGGACAUGAAGCGACAGACUAGGAAGCUAACCAAGAGCCGCACCAACAGUGAGGUCGUCACCUCCGAUAAGGCUGAGAGACCACCCAAGGCUGUACUGAAGAAAAGCCCCAGGCAUAGCGUUACGUUGCUGGCUGAACCACCGGCUGUAAGUCAGGAGAAUGUAGCGCUUUCGCCUAUGACGACAAAUGAUGGAAAGCCGUCGAGUUUUACUAGUACGAAUAGUUUGAGUAGUAGUAGGGGGUUUGUAUCGAAAUAA